AUGGAAGAAAUGGAUAAGUGGAAUGAAACUAAAUGGACUCAAGUAACUGAAUUCAUUCUCAGGGGCAUCACAGAUCUUCCUGAACUGCAGAUUCCUCUCUUUAUUGUAUUCCUCAUCAUCUACACAGUCACAGCUAUUGGGAAUCUGGGCUUGAUUAUCUUGACCAAGAUUGAUUCUCGCUUGAAAACUCCUAUGUACUUUUUCCUCAGGAAUCUGGCAUUUAUUGAUCUUGGGUACUCCACUGCCAUUGGUCCCAAAAUGUUGGUUAAUUUUGUAGUGGAGAAAAAUAUAAUUUCUUAUGCUGGAUGUGCAACCCAGCUAGUUGUCUUUAUAACAUUAAUUAUAAGUGAACUUUUUAUGCUCUCAGUGAUGGCCUAUGACCGCUAUGUAGCCAUCUGUAACCCUCUGCUCUACAUGGUCAUCAUGUCAGACAGAUUGUGCUCUCUUUUGGUGGCCAUCCCAUAUCUUUACAGUGCCUCUGUAGCACUGGUGACCACAAUUAAGAUUUUUAAUUCAUCUUCUUGGAAAUCUAAUGUAAUUAGUCAUUUCUAUUGUGAUAGUCUCCCCCUAUUAAGUAUUUUAUGGAGUGAUGCAAAGGAUGUGGAAUUAAUAAUUCUGAGCCUUUCUGCUUUUAAUUUAGUUUCCUCACUGCUAGUUGUUCUUCUUUCAUAUGCUCUUAUUCUUGUGGCUAUUCUCAGGAUGAACUCUGCUGAAGGCAGACGCAAAGCUUUCUCCACAUGUGGCUCCCAUCUCACAGUGGUGGUUGUAUUCUAUGCAACACUAACUUUCAUGUACUUGCAGCCCAAGUCUAGUCACUCCUUUGACACAGAUAAGAUGGCUUCUGUCUUUUAUACCCUUGUCAUUCCCAUGCUCAAUCCUUUGAUCUAUAGCUUGAGAAAUAAGGAGGUAAAAGGGGCCUUGAAAAAAGCUCUAGAAAAUCGAUUCAAAUUUUUUCUUUAA